AAAUUAAUCUCUAAAUUUUAAACCAAAUGCUACAUGACGAUGUAAAUGGAUUAGUCUUAAAUCAAAAUAAAAAUCAUAUAGAGUUGACACAAAAUCAUGCAGAAACAAUAAUUUUUAAAAGAGUUGAUCUUUCUCUUAGCUCAUUAUAGAUUUUAAAUUAUAUGGUACCAGUCAAAUAUUUGGAUUUGGCGGGAACCAGGAAGAAAAAUAAACAGAACAGACACAAGAAACACACACUGGAUAUUUAUUGAGUAAAGACCAGAAAACAAUGUCAAUGAAAGAUAGUCAUAAGCUGUUCCUACAGUCUUUCAUGUCGAGAGGACUACUGGAUGCUAAGGAGGUGCGACAAUUGUACAGAACUUGUUGUCUAAAAUUCAAUGAGAAAUAUGCAGAAAAGGAGGAAGAUCAGAAAGCACAUUUGUUGGAGUUUGUAAGAACUAUUAAUAGAAACAUUCAACCAUUUCACAUGGAGAUUAAAAAAGGUGUUAGUGAGGAAGAAGGAAAAAGUUUUUACUGUUUGGUUUGUACCUCAGAUACAAGUAUAACUAAGUUAGCUUCAGACUACACUCAACCAGAAAUGGAGUUCUUCAAAAGGCUGAUUGAAAGCAUUAUAGAUUCAGAUAAUGGUGAGAUUGGAUCAACAUCAGCUAUAAACAGUGUAGAUAAACUAGAGAAAGUAAACAAGAAAUUGAGUAAACAAGACGCUCAGACCUUAUUAGAGAGACUUGAAGCUCAGAAAUGGAUUAAAAUUAGUAGAGGUCGUGUAUCUCUAGCAACUAGAGCCUUGUUAGAGUUAGAACAGUACAUAUUAGAAGUAUACUCCAAUAUAACAGACAAAUGUAAUGUUUGUAAAAGAUUAUGUGUGAAGGGUCAGUCAUGUGAUAGUUGUAAUACCAAGUUGCACUUCCACUGUGCCACCCGAUUCUUCCAAAACAAAGAGAACCCACGAUGUCCCAACAAAGAAUGUGGUGUAAACUGGGCACAUGAAAUACCUAAUAAAUCUACAGAUGUGGAAAUGCCAUCAACACAACAAGAGAGUCGGAAGAGAAAAACGAGAACUUGAUGUUUUAUGUUUUAUUGAUGUGAAUUACUAGUCAGACUGAUUUGAUAUUUGAGGAAAGGCGAUCGUGAAGUUGUUCUGAAUGUUAUGAUUGGAUUGUAUAUUGAGGUCUUGAAAACAAGUUGGAUGGAAUCAAGUAUAGAAAAUGGACGGAGAAAUGAAGUGUUGAAAUAUUUACCUAUUAUGAUCACUCUACAAGAUUGAGAUUUUUUAUUUGCAUAUUCCAAACCAUUUCAGUCAUUUCAAAUUACAAGGAAAAGAAAAUCAAGCGAGAAAAAACUGUUGUAAAUAAAAUGACCAAAACAAGCAAUUUCCUCCUGUUUUGUUGAAAAUCUUUAAUACUAUUAACAUAUUUAUGUAGAAUGUUUUAAGUUUCUUUGGCAUUAAAGUUAAUGUUUCUUAAAGGGGAAAUAAAAACUUUAUGAAUGAGUAAAAACAAAUCAAAAUACAAGUAAAGGAAUUGUUUAUAAAUGUUGUCGGUAUAGUUAUUCAAAAUCUUUGGCAGUGUAAUAAUCUGUGCACACAAUUUAUAGUUGUGAACCUAUAUAAGGGUUGUAAAGGUAACGCUAUUUUUAAUAUUUUAUUAAAUACAGAAACGGUACAAUAUACAAUCAAACUAAUUCAGCAAUAUGUGAAAAUAAAGUGGGGAUCACACGCUACUAUUUGUAUAUUCACUUGUUUCCAAAAAUGCUCUUAUUUUUAAUAGAAAAUGUCAUUAUUGUGACAGCACAUAUUCUGAACAAAGCAGA